UUUAUCCCCUUUACUUUUUCUUUUAACGCCCUCUACCCUUCUCUUCCUUUUGGCCUUUCGUGCGCCUCUCCAUUAGAUUCUCCCUCAGAUUCUAUCAGUCUAUUAAGUUUUCUUUUUCUCUCUUUUCGAUCGAAUCGAUAUUUGUACGAACUCAAAAUAAUCAUUAAUCACUGCCAUGACGCUUGGCUCAGCAGGAUCCAGUGUUGUGGUGCCUCGCAAUUUUAGAUUAUUGGAGGAACUUGAACGUGGGGAGAAAGGUAUUGGAGAUGGGACAGUGAGCUAUGGGAUGGAUGAUGGAGAUGACAUUUAUAUGCGUUCUUGGACUGGCACCAUCAUUGGUCCUCACAAUUCUGUACACGAAGGUCGCAUUUAUCAGUUGAAGCUAUUCUGUGACAAGGAUUAUCCAGAGAAGCCGCCAAGUGUCCGAUUCCACUCCCGAAUUAACAUGACAUGUGUCAACCAUGAAACAGGAGUGGUGGAACCAAAAAAGUUUGCUUUACUUGCAAAUUGGCAGAGAGAAUACAGUAUGGAAGAUAUACUAACUCAACUGAAAAAGGAGAUGGCCUCUCCCCACAACCGUAAACUAGUUCAGCCACCUGAAGGCACCUAUUUCUAGCAUUAAGGACAAUAACAUAAGGUCUGUCAACUAUGUGUGAAAUUGUACUGCUGCGUUGUCACUACGGGAAUUAAAUUGUAAAGGGGGGAAUGCCUGAAGAGGUCCCCUCUUACCUCCAAUGGCAUCUCGAUCCCCUCUGCUUUUGUUUUUCAAACUUGGUCUAUGCUUGCCGUUUGAUUAUUGGAUUUGGUUCUUGUGCUAUCUUAAGCAACUCUUACCUCCAAUGUCAUCUUCUGCUUUCCUGUUUAUAAACUUUGAUCAUUGGUUC